UCAAUUUUACCUUGUUCAAGAUAUGGUGUAAGAAAAAGUGGUUCACCAGGAUCAUCAUUUGCUUGAAUAAUGUAUUGUUUUCCAUUUGGAUAUAAUAAACGACGAGGUUGACCUUGAAUAUAUCCCGUAGAAAGAAAUAUGAUGAAAACAAUACUAAAACCUUGUUGCAACAUCAUCAUUAUCUAGAAUGAUACUAAUGUUUCUUUUUUUAUUUUAUUUCUAUUUAUAUAAGAUAAGUAAUAACAAAGAAUUUUUACUAUCGUCAUCAUUAACAACAAAUAAUGCAUUGUCAUUAAAUAAUGAACAAGAAUUUCAUCUUAUUGUUCAAUAUCAUUAUACACAAUGGAAAGAUAUGGAUGUUCCAAAUGAUUCACAUACAUUACUUCAUUUAAUACGUGAAGUUAAUGAACAAACAAAUCGUGAACAAUAUCCAAUUGUGGUUCAUUGCACUGCUGGAGUUGGUCGUACAGGUACUUAUAUUGCUAUUGAUGCAAUGCUUGAUAAAAUUAAACAAGAAGGAACAAUUGAUAUAUAUAAUUUUGUAUUACAAAUGCGUCGUGAACGUCAUUUGAUGGUACAAACAGUUAAACAAUAUGUAUUUAUUUAUCGAUCUUUACUUGAAUAUUAUCUCUAUGGUAAUACAAGAAUUGAAGCAAAUGCAUUUCGAUUAAUAUAUUUAAAUUUAAAAAAUAAUAAACAAACUUUAUUAAUAUCUGAAUAUAAUAAAUUACAAUUAUUAUCUGUUGAAAAUAAUUCUCAUCGUGAUGCUCAUUUAUCAACAAAUAUAAAUAAAAAUCGACAUACUCAAAUUAUACCAUAUGAUCAUAAUCGUGUUCGUUUAAGUCGUAUAUUAGGACAUCCAUAUAUAAAUGCAUCAUUCAUUGAAGGAUAUUCACAUCAAUCUUCAUUUAUUAUAACACAAGAUCCAUUAUUAGAAACAAUUGAUGAAUUUUGGAGAAUGUUUAUUGAACAUGAUUCAAAUUGUAUUGUACAAUUACAUACAACUAUUGAAUCUUCUUCUUCAAAAUGUGCAAUUUAUUAUCCAAAUGAUGUUGAUACUACAAUGAAAAUUAGUACAAAUAUUUUAUUAAAAUUAAUAGAAAAAGAAAUCAUCGAAGAUAAAUAUAUUAUUCGUCAAUUUUCUUUAACAGAUAUACGUGAAGCUCUAUCAAAAACAAUUUAUCAUUAUGAAUAUCUUAUUCCUAUAUGUAAUAAUGAUGAAUAUGAAAAUGAACAAUGCAUUCCAAUGGUAUUAGUAAAUAAUUUAUUGGAUUUUAUUGGUCAUAUUAACAAACGAUUAGAUAAAAGCAAUCACAAUCGAUAUAUAACUGUUCAUUGUGGAAAUGGUGGUCCCUCUUGUUCAAUAUUUUGUAUGAGUUUAAUAUUAUUGGAUCAACUUAAAAAUGAACAUAGCAUCGAUAUUUUUCAACGUGUACGUACAUUACAACGACAACGACCUGCUAUGAUAACAUCAUUUGCACAAUAUGAAUAUCUCUAUGAAAUGAUUCUUAAAUAUUUCGAUGAAUCAUCAUUCAAUCUUCCAUCUAUGAAAUCAUCUCAAUCAUUAAAUACCAGUAUCUAUGAUAAUGAUCAAGAAAAUCCUUAA